AUGUCUCUCUCCAACAAGCUCUCCAUUUCCGACGUCGACCUCAAGGGCAAACGUGUGCUCGUCCGUGUCGACUUCAAUGUCCCCCUCGACGGAGACAAGAUCACCAAUAACCAGCGCAUCGUCGGUGCCCUCCCCACCAUCAAGUAUGCCAUCGACCAGGGCGCCAAAGCCGUCAUCCUCAUGUCGCACCUCGGCCGCCCAGACGGAAAGCCCAACCCGAAGUACAGUCUCAAGCCGGUAGUUCCCGAGCUCGAGAAGCUAUUGGGCAAGAAGGUUAUCUUCACCGAGGACUGCGUCGGCAAGCAGGUCGAGGACACGGUUAACGGCGCAAGCGAUGGUCAGGUGAUCCUUUUGGAGAACCUGCGGUUCCAUGCCGAGGAGGAGGGCAGCAGCAAGGAUGCAGAGGGCAAAAAGGUUAAGGCGGAUAAGGCGAAGGUGGACGAAUUCAGGAAGGGAUUGACCGCUUUGGGGGAUAUUUACAUCAACGACGCGUUCGGCACUGCCCACCGCGCCCACAGCUCCAUGGUCGGCGUCGACCUCCCCCAAAAGGCCUCCGGUUUCCUCGUCAAGAAGGAACUCGAGUACUUCGCCAAAGCGCUUGAGAACCCCGCGCGACCCUUCCUCGCCAUCCUCGGCGGCGCGAAGGUCUCCGACAAGAUCCAGCUCAUCGACAACCUCCUCGACAAGGUCAACACGCUCAUCAUCUGCGGCGGCAUGUCCUUCACCUUCAAGAAGACGCUCGAGAACGUAAAGAUCGGAAACAGCUUGUUCGAUGAGAACGGCAGCAAGACGGUCGGCGACCUGGUCGAGAAGGCGAAGAAGAACAACGUCAAGAUUGUGCUGCCUGUUGACUACAUCACUGCGGAUAAGUUCGACAAGGACGCGCAGACUGGGUAUGCUGAGGACAAGGACGGCAUUCCGGACGGCUGGAUGGGUCUGGACUGCGGCGAGAAGUCGAUCAAGCUGUACAAGGAGACCAUCGACGAGGCGAAGACCAUCCUCUGGAACGGUCCCCCAGGCGUCUUCGAGUUCGAGAAGUUCGCCAACGGCACAAAGGCUACCAUGGACGCCGCUGUCUCUGCGGCACAGAACGGCAAGAUUGUCAUUAUUGGCGGUGGCGACACUGCUACGGUUGCGGCCAAGUACGGUGUUGAGGAUAAGCUGUCGCACGUAUCGACUGGCGGUGGUGCGUCGCUCGAGCUCCUCGAGGGCAAGGACCUGCCUGGUGUGUCGGCGCUGUCAUCAAAGUAA